AUGCCUCGAAAGAAGAUGGGACUCAAGUGGGGACCAGACACCAAAGGCGCAGACGUGGUCAAGGCCUUUCCCUUGAGCAUCAAGAAAAGAACAUUCCUCUUAACCGGAGUCGAUCGGGACGGAUUACCAGUAGCAACCGCCGAGGCCCUAGCAAGCGGAGAUGCAGCAGCCAUUAUCCUGAUGGGCAAGUCGCAAGUAGUGGCGCAGCCGGUGAUCGACGAGAUCAAUCAGAAACACCCCAAGGUCAAAGUGAUUUUUGUUUCAGUUGAUUGCGGCAGAUUUGCUUCCGUGCAUAAAGCGGCGGAUACUAUCAAGAAGCUCGAUAUUCCUAUCGACGGGCUCGUGGGAUUCCCUACUCUGUUCGCUGGACCGUGGGCGAAGACUGCAGAUGGGGUGGAGUCCCACUUUCAGCACAACUACCUGAGUCAUUUUCUUUUGAUAAAUCUGCUUCUGGAUCUAAUGCUAGCGGACUCCAGGGUGGUAAUGGUCAGCUCUUGCAUUCGGCCUGAAGCUUCGCUACCAGAGUGGGAUGAUCCCUCGUUUUCGGAUGGGAAAACAUAUCACCCGCUGGAUGCUUUUGCGUUAUCGACGUUCGCCAAUAUCCAGAUGGUCAAGUGUCUGGCAAUCUCUGGCGCUGGUCGCUCGAUGAGCACCUUUGCUGUGAACCCGGGGAAUACCAAACCAAGUAUUCAGACUGUUGCUUCCCUGGAGCACGUGGCUUCAUGGCUUCAGAAGAAGAAAGAACAGGGAGAAGAUCUCCCCAUUCUUCUACAGCAGGUACCCAAAUCCGUCUCGCAGGGCAUUGCCACCAUUUUGAGAGCCCUCCUCGAUCCGGAUAUUGCAGGCAAGUAG